AUGUCAUCUGGGCACAACACCGCCCAGCUGAUUCAAGCGCUAGCCGCAUUUCGCAACCUGAAGAAGAUCAAGUUUGGAUAUGAGAUCAGAGCGUGGAGCGAAACUGCCCUAAUACAAGAGUCCGAAUACCCUCAACUCAGCAACAUCAUUGCCCGCGCCGAGAGCAUCCGGUUCGUCCGACAGGCCCUUCGUGCCGUUGUUUCCGCCAUGGCUGCGACUCAACGACCUUGGGACGAACUACAGAUUACCCCACACUUGAACGGCUUGAUUACAGGUGGAACUCUAGACUUGAGCAUUCUAAUUUCCCCUCCAUCGGUCACUCCGAUCCUUCUGGAAAGCUUGGAGCUGUCUUGUUGCGUUCCUCGCAAGAGGAAGGUCGGCAUCCCAGACGUCGACCAUGUGUUGGGAUUUAUCGACUUAUUCUCGGGGAUUCAACGUCUCGUUCUGGGGCUUAAGCUGGGCCCCAACCGCGAAGGCCAAUGCGCCACGGCAAUCUCGCAACGCCUACGCCUGCGCCUGCCCAGCCUCCGCAUCCUGUGCCUCAAGUACAUUCAAUUCACGGAAGCGGAGCUAACUGCGCUGUUCCUUGGGCACAAAAAAGACGCUUGA